UAUGAUCUGCAGGGGGCAGCACCAACCGCCGUGAAAACAAGUUCACUUUAAAGCGAAGAAGAAUAAAACGCCAACAGGAAGCAGGAGGGUGAGCUGCUGCUGAGAGAGGUCUACAGCAUGGCAGGCAGACAAGCUCUGAAGGCCGUGCUCAUUGACUUGAGUGGAACCCUACAUAUAGAAGACACGGCAGUACCUGGGGCGCAGGAAGCCCUCAACAGGUUGCGCCAGGCGUCUGUAGCUGUGAAAUUUGUGACCAAUACAACCAAGGAGAGUAAGAGGAACUUACUUGAACGACUUCAACAUCUCAACUUCAAUGUCCAGGAAAAAGAGAUCUUCACUUCUCUGAGUGCAGCGAGGAGUCUGUUAGAGCAGAAACAACACAGACCUCUGCUGCUGGUGGAGGACAGUGCACUGGAGGACUUCACUGGUAUUGACAAAUCAGAACCAAACGCUGUUGUCAUCGGGCUUGCUCCUGAUCACUUCAACUACCAAACACUCAACAAGGCUUUCAGAAUGAUUCUGGAUGGAGCUCCUCUCAUCGCCAUCCAUAAGGCUCGGUACUAUAAACGUAAGGAUGGCUUAGCCCUCGGUCCUGGGCCCUUUGUGACAGGACUGGAGUACGCCACAGACUGUAAAGCUACUGUGGUGGGAAAGCCAGAAAAGACUUUUUUCACACAGGCUCUGUCUGAUUUAGGAUGUAGCCCCAGUGAAGCUGUCAUGAUAGGAGAUGAUGCACGAGAUGAUGUAGGUGGGGCUCAGAAUGCAGGGAUGUUGGGUAUUCUAGUCAAAACUGGUAAAUACAGAGAAGGAGAUGAAAAUAAAAUCAACCCUCCUCCCCACCUGACAUGUGACAGCUUCCCAGAUGCUGUUGAACACAUCCUGAAAAACCUGCUAUAAGUUACAAGUAACAAUAAAACUCUGUGGUUUCAUUUUCUUAGUCUUUGAUUUGCAAAAGAAAUACUCUAGCCAUCAGUUAUCAGUGUUGUAGAGUUAGAAAUACUAGUGUUACCUGAGGGUAGGCAAGAGUUAUAAAAGGAUUCCUGUCAUCCUAAAUGUGUCCAAAAAUCCUGUAAAUGUAAACUUGUCCUUUUGAGUGUUGGAAUGUGUGCUCUCUUUAGGUCCCAAAUGCAUUUUAGAAGUACCAACCAUCUGUUGCCACAGUAACAAAUGCUUUGUCAUUUUAUCAUUGUGUAUAAAUUUCAGUUUGAAUUAGAAAUAUUACACUGGAAACAACUGUGCAGAAAAACAAUAAAACAUCAGAAUUUGGA